CAGGCUGUGCUCCAUUCAAUGAACUGUCUGUACUCAUGUAGUACUCGUCUGUCCCAGUAGUUUGACAUCCUUAAAGCCAGCCGUUGAUCUGCAAGCUUGUUGUCAUCUGUCCUGGAGGGUGAGACACUUACCAUGGGCAUGUGGUCACUAGGCCUUGGCGCUGUGGGUGCCGCCAUCGCUGGCAUAAUACUUGCAAACACUGACUUCUUGCUGACCAAGCCAGCACUUGCUACUCUAGAUUACCUGGAGAAUGCUGACCUCAAAGCCAUUGACAAUGAUGAGAAGAUUUUAAAAGCUAAAACUCUCUGGGAAAAAUCUGGUGCGGUCAUCAUGGCUGUGCGGCGACCUGGGUGAUUUUUGUGCAGAGAGGAGGCCUCUGAGCUGUCCUCUCUGAAGCCCCAGCUGGAUGAGUUUGGGGUCCCUCUGUAUGCUGUUGUUAAAGAGAACAUAGGUACAGAGAUACAAGACUUCAAACCUCACUUUGCAGGGGAAAUUUUCCUGGAUGAAAAGCAAGCUUUUUAUGGACCACAGCAGAGGAAGAUGGGUGGGCUUGGAUUCAUCCGCCUGGGAGUUUGGCAAAACUUUAUAAGGGCCUGGAAGUUGGGUUACCAGGGCAACAUGAAUGGAGAGGGUUUCAUCUUGGGAGGGGUGUUUGUCAUCGGAUCUGGCAAACAGGGCAUUCUUCUUGAGCACCGAGAAAAAGAGUUUGGAGAUAAAGUCAGCAACGAGUCUGUUAUGGAAGCGGCAAAGAAAAUUGUGGUAGAAAAGUAGAUGUUUCAAGUUUGUCAGUUGCAGCAAAGCUGCCAAGUUUGAUCAAAAUAGAAACACAAUCCACUGACGUUAUCCUCAUCACACCUGAUUUCUCUUACUAAUGCUGUUAAUAGAGAGAAAAGCUCAGGUUUGAGCACUGACUGGUACACUAUAUCAAAGUGACAAGAUGCCACACAUUUGCUUUUUUGUGUGGCUUUAUUUGAAUUUGGGUGCUUUAGUAUGUGCAAACUAGUAAUGUUGUGUAAUUGAGUUAUAAACAUUAGAAUUGUUUUUGGAUUUUAGAAAUGAUUUCACCUCAUUGGUUUCUUGGUUUGCCUGCUGCUAUACUUACGGUUUUUGUUGGCAUGUGUAUUAAUGAUAGUCUGUCUUAAAACUCCAUGUUGAGUGAGCAGAUUUGAGGCAAACACAUGCUUACAUACCCCGCAGGUGUUUGGCCAGUGAGCAGACAAAGGUUCUGAUGGAGAUUUAGGAUUCAAUGAACAAUAAACAUGCCACUACUGAAAUAAA